AUGUGUUACUACAGCAGUUACUAUGGAGGCCUUGGCUGUGGCUAUGGUGGCCUAGGCUAUGGCUAUGGCUGUGGCUGUGGCUGUGGCUAUGGUGGCUAUGGUUAUGGUUGCUGUCACCCACUGUGUUGUAGAAGAUAUUGGUCUUAUGGCUUCUACUGA